AGCAGAGGGUUGCAUGUGCGCUCAUCAACACAGAGGAGCAGGGAGCAGCCUGGUGGAGUUAAGAUGGCGGCAUGUGGCUGAAGAGGCUGAGGAAAACUACUCUCGAUCGCCAUUUAACGACUCAUAUGAAUCCAUAUAAAUACUGUGUUGGAAAGAAGAACUGUUUCUUACAUCGUUCACGUAUAAGUGGGUGAUUUUGAACUGGCCAUAUGACAUCUAUACACUUUGUGGUCCACCCGCUCCCCGGGACCGAGGAUCAGCUCAAUGACAGGCUCCGUGAAGUUUCUGAAAAACUCAACAAAUACAGUUUUAACAGUCACCCACACCUCAGUCUGCUUGAGCAGGCCUCCCUAAAACAAUGUGUUGUGGGCCCAAACCAUGCAGGAUUUCUCCUUGAGGAUGGUCGAGUUUGUAGAAUUAGCUUUGCAGUUCAACCUGAUCGCCUGGAGCUUAGCAAACCGGAUGGCAGUGAUGGUUCAAAGUUGAGCAGUGGUUCAGGGACAGGAAGGAGCUCCAGGCCAGGCAGGACUAGUGAUCCGCCCUGGUUCCUGUCUGGUUCAGACACUUUGGGCAGACUGGCAGGCAACACCCUUGGGAGUCGUUGGAGCUCUGGAGUGAAUGGCGGAGGUGGAGGAGGUGGAGGUUCAGGAGGAUCAGGGGGCAGUGGAGCAGGUGGAGGCAGCAGUGGAGGAGCUGGAGGAGGGGCUGGAGGUGGGAGCAGUGGGGGCACCUCAGGCAGGUCAUCCACUACUGCCCGAGACUCCCGACGCCAAACCAGAGUGAUACGCACUGGGCGGGACCGGAAUUCAGGUCUGUUAGGCAGCCAGCCCCAGCCUGUUAUACCGGCAUCUGUGAUCCCUGAAGAGCUUAUUUCUCAGGCUCAAGUAGUUCUGCAGGGCAAGUCCAGGAGUGUCAUCAUUCGAGAGCUGCAGAGGACCAAUUUAGAUGUCAACCUCGCUGUUAAUAAUCUGUUGAGCAGAGACGAUGAAGACGGAGAUGAUGGUGAUGACACAGCCAGCGAGUCCUACCUGCCUGGGGAGGACCUGAUGUCCCUGUUGGAUGCAGAUAUUCACUCGGCCCAUCCCAGUGUCAUUAUUGAUGCUGAUGCCAUGUUCUCUGAGGACAUCAGCUAUUUUGGCUACCCAUCGUUCAGGCGCUCUUCCCUGUCCCGCCUAGGUUCCUCUAGAGUUCUCCUUCUGCCUUUAGAGAGAGACUCUGAGCUGCUGCGGGAACGGGAGUCAGUGCUGAGGUUACGGGAGCGCCGGUGGCUUGAUGGCGCCUCGUUCGACACAGAGCGAGGCUCCACCAGCCGUGACGGAGAACCUAGCCUUGACAAGAAGAGCAUCCCUGUUCAGAGCCCUGUGUCCUUAGGAGAAGAGCUGCAGUGGUGGCCUGACAAGGACGGUGUGAAGUUUGUGAGCAUUGGCGCAUUGUUCUCAGAGAUGGUGGCUGUAAGCACCAAAGGAGAGUUGUAUCAGUGGAAGUGGUCAGACCCUGAACCCUAUAGGAAUGCACAGAAUCCAUCAAUUCAUCACCCACGUGUCCCCUUCCUGGGCCUUGUGAAUGAGAAGAUCACUUUAUUGUCAGCCAACAGCAUCAGAGCCACAGUAGCCACAGAAACAAACAAGGUGGCGACUUGGGUAGAUGAUACACUCAGCACUGUGGCCUCUAAACUGGAGCACAGCGCCCAGGCCUUUCCAGAGCUGCAGGGUGAGCGCAUGGUGUCACUGCACUGUUGUGCUCUCUACACAUGCGCGCAGCUGGAGAAUGGCCUCUACUGGUGGGGUGUUGUGCCAUUUAGUCAGAGAAAGAAGAUGCUUGAAAAGGCCAGAGCCAAGAACAAAAAGCCAAAGUCUAGUGCUGGCAUCUCCUCGAUACCGAACAUAACUGUGGGAACUCAGGUGUGCUUGAGGAGUAACCCUCUGUAUCACGCUGGUGCAGUGGCCUUUUCUGUCAGUGCUGGGAUCCCUAAAGUGGGUGUUCUCCUGGAGUCUGUCUGGAACAUGAAUGACAGCUGCCGGUUCCAGCUGCGCUCACCAGAGAGCCUCAAGAACAUGGAGAAGACAACCAAGACACAAGAGAUUAAGACUGAGAGCAAGCCUGAACUAGUGAAGACUGAGAUGGGUCCCCCUCCGUCCCCCGCCUCCACCUGCAGUGAUACCUCCUCCAUUGCGAGCAGUGCCUCUUUGCCCUACAAACGAAGGCGCUCGACUCCAGCUCCCAAAGAAGAAGAGAAAGUAAAUGAAGAGCAAUGGUCUCUCAGAGAAGUGGUGUUUGUGGAGGACAUAAAAAAUGUCCCUGUAGGAAAGGUGCUGAAAGUAGAUGGUGCGUAUGUUGCGGUGAAGUUUCCAGGGACAUCGAGCAGCAUGAGCAACCAAAGCACUACUGCUCCUCUGGACUCUGACCCAUCUUCUCUGCUGCAGGACUGUAGGCUGUUGAGAAUAGAUGAGCUGCAGGUGGUUAAAACUGGUGGGACUCCUAAAGUUCCUGACUGUUUCCAGCGAACGCCUAAAAAACUCAGCAUUCCUGAAAAGGCUGAAAUUCUAGCUGUGAAUGUUGACUCCAAAGGAGUUCACGCAGUACUGAAAACUGGUAACUGGGUAAGAUACUGUAUCUUUGACCUGGCGACAGGCAAAGCUGAGCAGGAGAAUAACUUCCCCACUAGUAACCUAGCCUUCCUAGGACAAAGUGAGCGAAACGUCGCCAUCUUUACUGCUGGGCAGGAAUCACCCAUCAUCCUUCGGGAUGGAAAUGGCACAAUCUACCCUAUGGCCAAAGACUGCAUGGGGGGAAUAAGAGAUCCAGACUGGCUUGAUUUGCCACCUAUAAACAGCUUGGGUAUGGGUGUUCACUCACUGGCCAAUCUUCCCUCGAACUCAACAAUCAAAAAGAAAGCUGCUAUUAUUAUUAUGGCUGUGGAGAAACAGACCCUGAUGCAGCACGUUCUGCGCUGUGACUAUGAGGCAUGUCGACAGUAUCUAGUGAACCUGGAGCAAGCCUUCCUCCUUGAACAGGGCAGUCAGGCUCUGGGAGCUCUUUUGGGGCACCGCUGCGAUGGCAACCGCAACAUCCUCCAUGCCGCUGUGUCGGUCUGCUUUCCUGUGAGCAACAAGGAGACCAAAGAAGAGGAAGAGGCUGAACGAUCAGAGAGGAACACAUUUGCAGAGCGUCUGUCUGCUGUGGAGGCGAUUGCAAAUGCCAUCUCAGUGGUGUCAAGCAACAGUUCUGGAAACAGGACUGGCUCCUCAAGCAGCAGAGGUCUUCGUCUGAGGGAGAUGAUGCGUAGAUCAUUGAGAGCAGCUGGUCUUGGUCGACAUGAGUCAGGCCCAUCCUCCAGUGACCAUCAGGACCCAGUGUCCCCUCCCAUUGCUCCACCGAGCUGGGUCCCCGAUCCUCCACCUAUGGACCCUGAUGGUGACAUUGACUUCAUCUUGGCACCAGCUGUGGGCUCACUCACCACUGCUUCCUCUGGGAACAGUCAGGGACCUAGCACUUCCACCAUACCUGCAGGGCCAUCUACAGAACAAUCAGUGGUUGAAUCAAAAGACCGAAAGGCCAAUGCACAUUUGAUCCUCAAAUUAAUGUGUGACAGUGUUGUUUUGAGGCCACAUCUGAGGGAGCUGCUCUCUGCAAAGGAUGCCCGUGGGAUGACUCCCUUCAUGCUAGCAGUCAGUGGGAGAGCAUACCCUGCUGCCAUUACUGUUCUGGAAGCUGCACAGAAAAUGGCAAAGGCCAGUGACCCAGGUGUCCCAGAGAAAGAGGAUGCAGACACUGUUUUCAUGGAGAUGAUUUGCCCCACGGGAACAAACCCUGAUGACUCUCCACUCUAUGUACUGUGUUGUAAUGACACCUGCAGCUUCACUUGGACUGGAGCAGAGCACAUAAACCAGGACAUUUUUGAGUGUCGAACUUGUGGACUACUCGAGUCGCUCUGCUGCUGCACUGAGUGUGCCAGAGUGUGUCACAAAGGACAUGACUGCAAGCUCAAGAGGACCUCUCCAACUGCCUACUGUGAUUGCUGGGAGAAAUGCAAAUGUAAAACGCUAAUCGCUGGACAAAAGGCUGCUCGUCUGGAUCUCCUCUACAGGCUUCUCACUACCACCAAUCUGGUCACCACACCAAACAGCAGAGGAGAGCACAUCUUGCUUUUCUUGGUGCAAACUGUAGCCAGGCAGAGUGUGGAGCAUUGUCAGUACAGACCUCCACGCAUCCGAGAAGACCGGAAUCGUAAGACUGCAAAUGCAGAAGACUCUGAUAUGCCUGACCAUGAUCUGGAGCCUCCCCGUUUUGCACAGCUGGCUUUGGAGAGGGUCCUUCAAGACUGGAAUGCCCUCAAAUCCAUGAUCAUGUUUGGUUCUCAGGAAAACAAAGACCCACUUAGUGCCAGCAGUAGGAUUGCGCACCUGCUGCCUGAGGAGCAGGUUUACUUGAACCAGCAGAGUGGCACCAUUCGCCUUGACUGUUUCACCCACUGCCUCAUCGUCAAGUGUGCUCCCGACAUCACUUUCAUCGACACUUUACUGGGUACAUUAGUGAAGGAGCUACAGAAUAAAUACACCCCUGGGCGGAGAGAGGAGGCCAUCACUGUCACCAGGAGGUUUCUGCGCUCUGUGGCAAGAGUGUUUGUCAUUCUCAGUGUGGAGAUGGCAUCAUCAAAGAAGAAAAAUAACUUCAUCCCCCAGCCCAUUGGAAAAUGCCGUAGAGUUUUCCAGGCAUUGUUGCCAUAUGCUGUGGAGGAGCUAUGUAAUGUGGCAGAGUCACUGAUAGUGCCUGUCCGGAUGGGAAUUGCUCGACCCACGGCCCCCUUCACUUUGGCAAGCACAAGCAUUGAUGCAGUCCAGGGGAGUGAAGAGCUCUUCUCUGUGGAACCACUGCCUCCAAGACCUUCCCCUGACCAAUCCAAUAGUUCAAACCAGACUGCGGCCUCCUACAUCAUCAGGAAUCCACAGCCUCGACGCAGCAGUCAGUCACAGCCUGUCAGAGGGAGAGAUGAGGAGCAGGAUGACAUUGUAUCUGCAGAUGUGGAAGAGGUUGAGGUGGUUGAAGGUGUUGCAGGUGAAGAAGACCAUCAUGAUGACCAGGAAGAACAGGGAGAAGAAAAUGCUGAAGCAGAGGGCCAACAUGACGAGCACGAUGAAGAUGGAAGCGACAUGGAGCUGGAUCUGUUGGCUGCCGCUGAAACUGAGAGCGAUAGUGAAAGUAACCACAGCAACCAGGACAACGCCAGUGGACGCAGAAGUGUUGUCACUGCGGCAACAGCAGGUUCUGAAGCAGGCAGUAGGGUGUCGUUGGCAUUUCCUUAUUUUGGUGCCAGCAGUGUUCCAGCCUUUUUCUCAGAGGAUGAUUCUCAGUCCAAUGACUCAAGUGAUUCGGACAGCAGCAGCAGCCAAAGUGAUGAUGUGGAUCAGGAGACCUUUCUGUUUGAUGAGCCUUUGGAGAGAACCACCAGUGCUUCUCAUGCUAACAGUGCAGCCCAGGCCCCGCGUUCCAUGCAGUGGGCUGUGAGGAACGCUCCGAGUCAACGGACUACAGGCAAUACACCUUCCAGCUCCUCCACACCUGCGGCAAGCUCCACAGGCCUGAUCUACAUUGAUCCCACAAACUUGCGCCGCUCCAGUGCCAUCAGCUCCAGUGCAGCAGCAGCAGCAGCAGCUCUGGAGGCCACAAACUCCAGUAGUUACCUGACAUCUGCCAGUAGCUUGGCCCGCGCUUACAGCAUCGUUAUUAGGCAGAUCUCAGACCUUAUGAGCCUCAUCCCCAAAUACAACCACCUGGUCUACUCCCAGUACCCUGCUGCUGUGAAGCUCACUUAUCAGGAUGCGGUCAGUCUACAGAACUACGUUGAGGAGAAGCUGAUUCCCACCUGGAACUGGAUGGUGUCGAUCAUGGAUUCGACUGAGGCCCAGCUGAGGUAUGGCUCUGCACUGUCCUCUGCUGGAGACCCGGGACACCCCAGCCACCCACUCCAUGCCUCUCAGCACUCUGCUCGCAGGGAACGCAUGACCGCGCGAGAGGAGGCCAGCCUGCGCACCUUGGAAGGACGCAGGAGGGCAGCCACUCUGUUAACCGCUCGGCAAGGCAUGAUGUCGGCUCGAGGAGACUUCCUAAACUAUGCGUUGUCCCUGAUGAGAUCCCAUAACGAUGAGCAUUCGGAUGUUCUUCCUGUGCUGGAUGUCUGCUCCCUAAAGCAUGUGGCCUAUGUUUUUCAAGCCCUCAUUUACUGGAUCAAAGCAAUGAACCAGCAAACCACACUGGAUACCCCACAGCUGGAUAGAAAAAGAAAUCGGGAAAUUUUGGAGCUGGGUUUGGACAAUGAGGACUCUGAACAUGAGAACGAUGAAGACACAAAUCAGAGUAUGGCAGGGUCAACUCUCCAGGACAAAGAUGAGGACCCAGUCCCGGCUGAAACAGGUCAAAACCACCCUUUUUUCCGUCGGUCCGACUCCAUGACAUUCCUUGGCUGUAUACCGCCAAACCCCUUCGAUGUUCCACUGGCUGAGGCUAUACCACUCGCAGACCAACCCCAUCUUCUACAGCCUAAUGCCAGGAAGGAGGAUCUGUUUGGCCGCCCCUCACAGGGCCUGUACUCCUCUUCCUCCUCCUCAUCAUACAUGGCGACAAAAGGGCUGGCCGAGGCGAGUGUGGACCGGAACUGCCUGGAGGUAAACCCCUCUCAGAUUCUACCAACCAAGAUGUCUUAUUCAGCCAACUUGAAGAAUGUGAUGAGUAUGGAGACAAGUCAGAGAGGCCCUGAAGCCCAGACCCUUGGGGAUCAGGAGCUGGAGCCAUCCAAACCGGGACCUUCGCCCCAUGACCUGGCAGCACAGCUCAAGAGCAGCCUGCUGGCCGAAAUCGGACUAACAGAGAGUGACGGACCACCUCUACCAUCCUUCAGGCCCCACUGCAGUUUCAUGGGGAUGAUGAUUUCACAUGACAUGCUGCUGGGUCGCUGGCGUCUAUCACUUGAAUUGUUUGGCCGCGUCUUUAUGGAGGAUGUUGGAGCUGAGCCUGGAUCGAUUCUCACUGAGCUGGGUGGAUUUGAAGUAAAGGAGUCAAAGUUUCGCCGAGAAAUGGAGAAGCUCAGAAACCUUCAGUCCCGGGACCUAGCUCUAGAGGUGGACCGAGAUCGAGACCAGCUCAUUCAGCAGACCAUGCGGCAACUCAACACACACUUUGGCCGCCGCUGCACCACCACCCCCAUGGCCGUGCACAGAGUCAAAGUGACCUUUAAGGACGAGCCUGGAGAGGGCAGUGGAGUGGCCCGAAGCUUCUACACUGCCAUCGCCCUUGCCCUCCUGUCUAACGACAAGCUGCCCAACCUGGACUGUGUACAGAGUGUCAGCAAGGGCAUGCAGGCCAGCAGUACGUGUCAUCACGAUUACAAUUCAAAUCUAAUGCAGCGGCUGAGAAAUCGAGACCGAGAAAGAGAGCGGAGAAGUGGGGGUCUGCGAGCAGGAUCCAGGAGAGACAGAGAUAGAGACUCCAGGAGACAGCUGUCUAUUGAUACCAGACCUUUCAGGCCCUCAUCGGAGGGCAACCCCAGUGACGAGCCCGACCCACUGCCUGCGCACAGGCAGGCUCUGGGGGAGAGGCUGUAUCCGCGGGUUCACGCAAUGCAACCAGCCUUUGCCAGUAAAAUCACAGGGAUGCUGUUGGAGCUGUCUCCGGCUCAGCUGCUGUUGCUUCUCGCCAGUGAGGACUCCCUCAGAGCCAGAGUAGAGGAGGCCAUGGAACUCCUUAUAGCACAUGGAAGAGAAAAUGGGGCUGACAGUAUACUGGACCUUGGUCUUUUGGAGACCCCAGAAAAAGCACAACAGCAGGAGAACCGAAAGCGCCAUGGUUCUACACGCAGUGUGGUGGACAUGGAGCUCGAUGAUCCAGACGACGGGGACGAUAACGCUCCUCUUUUCUAUCAGCCGGGAAAACGUGGGUUUUACUCCCCAAGACCAGGCAAAAACACAGAGGCCAGGCUCAACUGUUUCAGAAACAUUGGGAGAAUACUGGGGUUAUGUCUACUACAAAAUGAACUCUGCCCAAUCACGUUAAAUAGACACGUCAUCAAAGUCCUACUGGGAAGAAAGGUGAACUGGCACGACUUUGCUUUCUUUGAUCCUGUAAUGUACGAGAGCCUAAGGCAGCUUAUUCGCCAUUCACUCACUGGUGAAGCAGAGGCUGUGUUUGCUGCGAUGGACCUGGCUUUUGCCAUAGACCUCUGCAAAGAAGAGGGGGCUGGACAGGUGGAGCUCUUGUCUGGAGGGGUGAACAUGCCAGUAACUCCCCUAAAUGUUUAUGAAUAUGUGAGGAAGUACGCAGAGCACAGGAUGUUGGUGGUUGCUGAGCAGCCUCUUCAUGCAAUGAGGAAAGGUUUGCUUGACGUGAUCCCCAAAAAUGCUCUUGAAGAUCUGACUGCUGAGGACUUCAGGCUCUUGGUUAACGGUUGCGGAGAAGUCAAUGUCCAAAUGCUCAUCAGCUUCACCUCCUUCAAUGAUGAGUCUGGGGAAAAUGCGGACAAACUACUGCAGUUCAAACGCUGGUUCUGGUCCAUAGUUGAGAAGAUGAGUAUGACGGAAAGGCAAGAUUUGGUGUACUUUUGGACCUCCAGUCCAUCUCUCCCGGCGAGUGAGGAGGGUUUCCAACCAAUGCCCUCCAUCACGAUACGACCCCCGGACGACCAGCACCUGCCCACAGCCAACACCUGCAUCUCCCGUCUCUAUGUGCCACUCUACUCCUCAAAGCAGAUCCUCAAACAGAAACUGCUCCUAGCCAUUAAGACCAAGAACUUUGGUUUUGUGUAGACGAAAAAGUUUAAAAAAGGAAAAAAGAAUAACAUGUUUACUGUUGUGUAAAAUUAGCUCCAUUUUGUAGAUUUAUUUUUUGUCUAUACAGUUUUAUGAAAUUCAAUAUACUGUCGCUAUCUCCCUGAGCGGUAAUAUUAUUUUUAUUUCUAUUUUUAUUGUUUUUUGUGUGUGGUCAUAAAGAAGAGGUCCAGAACAUUCCUGUAUUGGCACUGUAAAAAGACCCCCGCUCUGCUAUCAGCUUAAACUUUUGCUUCCCAGGAAUUUGGUUUGACAGUAAAUUUGUCAUACCAAAAACCCAGCCAAAGAUGAGAGCAGUUGAAAAAUUAUUUAAAAGAAGAGAAAGACACACUGUGACAAUUGAGUUUUUCUUUUUCUCCUUCCCUAGAGAAGUACUAUCACUGACUGACAGAUCACUGCUGCCUUUGUGGAAAAGUCCUUUUUUCUUGUACAGGGGGAGUAGGGAAUUUCAAAAUAAACUUGGAUGCAAAUACCUGUG